GAUUGGUGAUACGAGAAGCCGUGUCGCGUUAUUUAUGAUGGCAUAAAACGCGAAUUAUAUUUGCAACUGUGUGCAAUAAAGCGAUAUUUAUUUCGCUUAUUUUAUGUUCCCAACUCUGAUGGUGCCGCUUAAACGUGUUGCGUGACCAUAUCGUUGUGAUAAAUGGCGAAAUUAGUGCAUUUGUGUGUGGUUGUGUUGUGAGUGCCAAUGGAUCGACGAUGUUCACAAUCGGUCCGGACGCUUGUUUUCGACGAUUCAGACUCUGAUCCGCCUAAACAUGGUCAGAAGAAGGAGCUGUCCUCGACCGCGGUGCCCUCAUCACUGAACCAGAGCGCAGAAGAUGCGGGCAAAACGGCGCGCACCAACCUGGUGCGCAUGCGACGGUCCGCGCUCGGGAAGUCCGCGCCGACUCUAUCCGUCCACGUGAAAGAGUCAUGCACGGUGUCCCGGCGUCCGUCGCGGUUGCCGCCGCCGCCGCCGCACCACAGGCUGUCUCUUGUGGUCGGCUCAGGGCGCUGCAGCUCUCCAGGCACCGGGCCCCUCUCCCCGGCCGAGGGCCCGCGCUGGCCCCCGCACCCCCCGCACCCGCUGCACCACGCCCUGCUCUCGUCCAGCGUCAAGCGCGGCAAGGAGCUCGAUGGUCGCAGGUGGUCGGUGGCGUCGCUUCCGUCCUCGGGCUACGGGACCACUCCGGGCAGCUCCAGUCUAUCUUCACAAUGCUCAUCUCAAGAACGGCUGCUCGCGGUUGCUGUGUGCGAGCCGCCGCGAGCGCCCUGUCCACACUGCCAUCAACACCAAAAUUCACUCAACAGUUCACAAGGGAGCGGCAUGAACAACUGGGCAUCAUUGUCCGACAGCGGCGGCGCUUAUACGGCUGCGCGUGCGCCUUCCCCACAGAGCCCGAAGAGACGCGUACGGAGUCGCAGUCUCAGUUCUCCAUCUCGCUCACCCGGCGGCGCGGCGAGUGGAGGGGAGGGCGCAAAAGAUGACGCCGUCUCCGCCAUGUCGUCUCUGUUCGCAGCUCGCUUCCCCGCCGCACAACGGGCUAUGGAUGACAAAUUAAGAUCACUAAUCGAAGAGUUGACAGAAUUGGACAAGAAACCGGACCGGCCGCCGAUAGAGAGAUUCGUUGCGAGACAGGUAUUGGAGAUGGCGAGGGACUGUCUACACAAGUCGGAAUCGAAGCAGGUCACCAGCAGCUAUUUCUACGACAUGGCGGACAGUUUAGACAGAUUGCUCGCUGAGACUCGAGAAAAAUCAGCCGAAGCGGGCGCCCAAGUAGCGCCUCUAGUCACUCGGCUGAUCUUAGCGAUGGCUCGCCCCGCCCGCCUGCUGGAGUGUCUCGAGUUCGAUCCCGAGCGGUUCUACAGGCUGCUAGAGGCGGCAGAGGGACACGCUAAACAUAUGCAGGGCAUGACGUCGGACAUCCCGAAGUACAUAAUCCACAAGCUGGGUCUGUCCCGGGAUCCCCUGGCGGAGCUCCACGCCCCACCCCCGCCGCCGCAGCCGCCGCAAAACGCCUCGCCUUCUAAAUCGCGGGGUCGCCAGUCGCCGCCCGGAGGCCCCGGCGGCGCUCCGCCCUCCGAGAGCGACUACCAAGUGAUAAAGCUAAUAUCCAACGGGGCUUACGGCGCUGUCUACCUCGUCAAACACAAGCAGACCCGGACGAGGUAUGCGAUGAAGAAGAUUAGUAAAAACAACCUAAUACUUCGGAAUCAAGUGGAGCAGGCGUUUGCGGAGAGGGACAUCCUCAGUUUUGCUGACAACCCUUUUGUGGUAACGAUGUACUGCUCCUUCGAAACCAAACGCCACCUCUGUCUGAUCCUCGAAUUUGUGGAAGGCGGGGACUGCGCCACCCUGCUCCGCGCCGGGCCUCUACCACCCGACAUGGCGAGACAUUACUUCGCUGAAGCUGUGUUAGCUGUGGAGUAUCUGCACUCUUAUGGCGUUGUACACAGAGACUUGAAGCCUGACAAUUUAUUGAUCACUGCCACCGGACAUAUAAAACUGACGGACUUUGGUCUUAGCAAGAUGGGUCUCAUGUCUUUGGCCACGAACUUGUAUGAAGAGUACGCAGACAGGGAAGCGCGUCAGUUUUCUGACAAGCAAGUUUGUGGGACCCCGGAGUAUAUCGCCCCUGAGGUCAUACUCAGACAGGGCUACGGUAAGCCAGUGGACUGGUGGUCAAUGGGCAUCAUUCUCUACGAGUUCCUGGUCGGCUGCGUGCCCUUCUUCGGAGACACGCCUGAAGAAUUGUUUGCUCACACUGUUAAUGAUGACAUUGAGUGGCCAUCAGAAGAAGACUUUCCUAUAGCAGUGGAGGCGAGAGCCAUCAUCACAGAACUACUCGCGCGGAACCCGAGGGACCGACUCGGAACCGGUGGCACGCAUCAAGUUAAGGAACAUGUGUACUUCUACGGUCUGGACUGGAACAACCUCCUGCGGCGGAAAGCAGAGUUUAUUCCUCAGCUGGAGAAUGAUGAAGACACCAGUUAUUUCGACAGCCGCUGCGACCGCUACAACCACAGUGAAGCGGAUACAGACGAGGCAGCGGAAGCAACAGCGGAGGCGGGCGAGGAGGCGGGACUGUUUGCCGCCUUCUCUUCAACCUCGCCGCAAUGGCGAAGACACACUUCUGCGGUGUCACAUGACUCUAGGAGCACGGACAGCUGGCCGGGUACACCCGACAGCGCUGGACCUCCGAGCACACCCACUGCUCCUUUACAUCAUCACCCGAGGUGUCCGAUGAUAAUCCCCGGCGGGUCGGCGUCGACGGCGGAGUCCUCGCAGACGGACUCGGACGACGUGUCGCCCGCCGCGCGCCGCCGCCCCGCGCUGCGCCCGCACCCCGCGCAGCCCUCCCGAGCAUCUGACGCACCGAAAAAAGAGGCGAAGAGCGUGGACAAACCUGAUCGUCCGGAAAAGACGAAACCGAUGGCCCUCGUCGCACCGAAGGCGAUGCGCCGCUCGGCCUCCACCUCCGGACUCUCACUAGUUAUACAUCCAGCGGAAGAUACCGGCACCCAUGGAGGCGCCGGCUCGCCCUGCGCGGGCAAUACGUCAAGUACCAAUUCUUCUCGAGACUCCUCGCCGUGUCGAGACCCGCCUUCGCCGUUCGCACAUCAUAAUCACUCGCUGAUCCAAUCCUCCAAACCGCCGAUCGUGGUCCGGCGCGGCCCGCGCGGCUUCGGGUUCACGAUCCACACGGUGCGCGUGUACUACGGCGACACGGACUACUACACCAUGCACCACCUGGUGUCCGCCGUCAGCGAGCAGGGCGCCGCCUGGGCCGCGGGGCUCCGCGCCGGCGACCUCAUCACGCAGCUCAACGGCGAGUCCGUGCAGGGGCUGCUGCACACGCAGGUUCUCCGGUUACUGCUGGCGGCGCCGCACGCCACCCUGCGCGCCACGCCGCUCGACCAGACCACUAUACAGGCGGGAGGGAGACGACGAAUCGGUGGCGGUCGCCGAGCGUCGGCCCCGCCGCGGCCUCGUCCGAGACGACGAUGCUCGCUGUUCAGGAGGAUCUCUACUAAGAGGGCUUCGCAGGAAAUGCACCAGAUGGUGUCAGGGGUGGAGCUGGCAUCCCCGUCGGCGCCCUCGUCGCCCUGCGGCGAUAGUCCUCUGCACGCUGCCGCCACCACCACGCACUACCAACGGCCGUCUUCGCUCCACGGUCUAAAACAUAAGCUGGUAGCGGGCGGGGCGGAGGUCCGCCGUGCGUCGCUACAACACAUGCCGCUGUCGCCUCUCGCUCGGACGCCGUCGCCGUCCCCGCAGCCGCCGCCGCAGUCGCCCACCAGCCGGUGCGAGGCGCGCAGCCCGUCGCCGCUGGCGGCGCGCGAGUGCGGCCGCCGCGCCUGGGCGCGCCGCGACCCCGCCUCGCCUCUACUGCGCCGAGCGCUCUCCCCUGACAGACUGCACCCGCGCUCCGCCGAGUCCAAAUGCUCCAUCUCUCCGCUCUGCUGCGGCGGCGUCACGGCCGUGUCGGUGUCGGGCCCCCCCUCGCGGCGCGGCGUGGUGUGGCGCGCGCCGGCGCCGGCGCCGCCCACGCCGCCGCCGCAGGACAAGGAGGAGCCGCCGCUGCCGCGCAUCGCCGAGGAGAAGGACUCGCCCACGCACCACUCCAAGGUCGCGCCCAACAGGACACCUGCCAAGCAGAUGACCCCGAGCAUCUUCACAUCCUCGCCGAAGACGAGCCUCGAGAAGACCUUCGACGCCUCCAACUCUUUUGCGUCUCUGUCUCUCUCCGAUGAGUCCUUCGCACCUGACACUUCAGUGGACUUGGAUACUUCGAGAGAUACAACCAUUGACAACCUCCGACUCGACGAAAGCCGUUCCAGCACGGACAACAUAUCAAUGCUCUCCGAGGACAAAGAAAAGAAGAAGCCAGAAGACAAAAAGAAGACACCCCCACAAGAAACACCCGAACAGCCUAAAGAUAAAGCCAGAAAAAAAUCUGACUCCAGUCUCAAAGAAGAAGAUAAACAAAAGGAGAAAAGCAAAAAAGAGAAGCCAGAGUUAAAAAAGCAAGAGUCUAUAAAGAAACUGGAACUAAAAGAAGAAUCUCCAAAAGACGAUAAAAGAGAGAAAGCUAUGGAAAGAACGGGGUCAGUGAAGAGAGUGGAAAGCAAACAGGAGAAAGCAGAAGCCAAGAAACAAGAGAAGUUAGAGAGGCAGGAGAAAGCGGAGAUUAAGAAACAGGAGAAGAUUGAGAAGUUGGAGAAGAUUGAGAAGGCGGAGAGACAGGAGAAGGAGAUUAAGAAACAGGAGAAGAUUGAGAAGAGAACGGAGGGGAAGAAGGAAGUGCUGAAGAGACAGGAGUCUGUGGACACGAUGAAGUGUCCAGAGCCGACGGAGACGGAAGGCCGCUCCAAGAACAGCAUGGUCAGCAAACUUCUCGGCGUCAUGAGCCGCAAGGGAGCGCGGGACAGGGACGAAGAUGACCACAAGCCCAGCAGGAAGGCCGACAAGGCCAGCCGGAAAAAGGGCGGCAACACCCCCACCCAGCAGCAGCCACCAAGUAAACUGGGCGAAGCCGGGGGCUCCGCCGAAAAGGUCACCGAGAGCGCCGAGGACACCAAGAGGAAGGGCCGCGGCCGCGCUUCCAGCUCCUCCUCGCAGGAGAAAUAAGGGGGUCUCUAGGACCUACUGGAUGGGAGUCGUGGUUAACACAUAUAGGCGCUACCAUCCUUAAAGCCCAGUCAUACAAAUGAUAAAUACAGAAUUUGUCAUUGAAAUUUGAACCUAUAGUGCAGGGAAUACAGUUGAUUUUGGGUUUGUUUGAAAAUUCAAUGAAACAAAACAAAUGCGACUCUAUUCCAAUUGAAUAUGAUUUAAAUUUCAUCGAACUGAAUAAGUGUUAUAGGUAGGACCUUGGGCCUUAGGAGGCUAUCAUACUAUGGAAUUUAGUAAGAACGUUGUAAUAUCAGUUGCAUUCACUUUUACGGUCUGUAUGAACUGUAUAAUGGGUAAUGGCCUGUGCGGUGCACACCGAAUGCGUGUGCGUAGACGUGCACGCGCGCAUUGUAAUAUACAGAUCAUUAUGAGAGACGGCACACUGCUUGCGUGACGUGUGCGUGCACGGCUCUACUACUACGCACAUGCAGCCGAUGUGCUCUAGUCUUAUGUUGUGGAAAGUUUUCAAAAAGUUCGAAAAGUUCCCGAAAUUUUAAGAUAAAUAAAGGAAAUUUCCAAUUUGGAGGUACGAGUAGGAUUUCGUACAUACAAAAAUAUGAGAAAAUUCGGAAUUUCUGGAAUUAUUCCGUCGGCACAACCGUACAGGGAACUGCAAAACUGCGUACCCACUUUAUGAAAUAAUUUCAUUGAAUAAGUGAGUAUGCACUUUUACAGCUUAUAUUUCAUUAACAACAUCAAUUAAACUGAUUUAUAGAUGUUGAAAAUGGUGUAAAAUGUAACUGUGUUUUGUGAUUCGACGUCAAAAAGCGCUCAUGUGUGGUGACCGCGAUUCGCAUACACUCAAACCCUUUAACCGCCAAACGUCAAAUGACGCGGCUACAGCCCAAUAGUGUCUGUGUGGAAAGAGAAAGAGUCGUAGAAUGUAUUGGAUCCCACACAUUUCACGACUCAUCUUUUUCCGCACAGACUCUAUUCGUUCGUGCUUUCCUACUAGGUUCACGAUGGCGCGCCGCGCACGAUAGGCGUGGCGUUCAAAGAAUAGCAUAUACUGAAACACACCAACUUGUCAGUAGAAAAUUCAGACAGAUAGGCGCGAAAUUCAAAUUUUCUAUCGGAAGUCAACUCUUCGCGCCGCUUUCUACUGAUAAUGUUGCUGUGACAUAAGUAUAGUUUGGUAGGUAACCUGUGGUCUCCUGACGCUUCAAACGAAUUUGAUUUAUUUAGUAUAGAACUGAGUGAUGUGAUUUAAUGCUAUUUUGAUGCGUGGAAGAACGUUAGACGUAAGGUACGAGAAAUGCAAGUCUUUAUUGUAGAAUGUUCGCCGACAGAUGGCGUUAUUCGGUGUCGUGUUGACGUACAGUUAAAAAUAUAAAAAUGUAACAAAAAAAAUCGCUGUAAGCUUCCUUUAGACUGUGUAUAGCUUUAGAGACAUUUUAAGAUUUGUUCUCACGUUUUUAUUUGAGCCGCUUUUCCAGUAUUACAAAGUUGAGGCGUAAAAAUAAACUUUAUUAGUAUUUUUAUUGAAAAGGGCAAGUUUUGGAUAUAGCAGGGACGCUUUCCAUAUAUAUUUCCGUACAUUGACUCGCCUGUUCCUAUCUCUAUGGCUAUUGUAUUGCUGUCCCGCCCAUGAUGCCGGAUGUCAAAGUCACUGUGCGAGUGUGAUAGCAAUAUAAUUAUGCGCGUGCAAUAGAGAUAGCAACAGGCGGGUCAAUUUACGAAAAUCUAUGUGGAAAGCGUCUCUGCUUUAGUCGUGGGGACAGUGGUUUGAAGUUAUGCUUGUUUGUUCCUAGUAGAAUAAUUUAACCUAACAAAAUAUGAGCUGAAUUGAUAAUAUCAACCUUAAAUCGUGGACCAUAAGAGCUAAAUUCACUCGUCCAUAGCCCCCAUUAACAAAAUCGUUUUUAAUCUCAUGUUAGCUUUUAGUUUUUGCAAGUAUGUUUUCUUAGAUUAGCGAAUAUUGUGAUAUAUUUUUAAAUCGCCCUAGAAUUUUUGAACUUGCAAUAUUAUUAGUUAGUUAAGCAUGUCCGUACUUUUCUCUUAUCUAGUUUUUGUUUUGACGUGUUUUUCUUUUCAUUUUAUUGUUUUUGUCGUGUUUAUUGUUUGGGUCUUUUACAAAAUCCGAUACACAUUAAUAACUUUGCCUUGAAAGCUUUUUUUGUAAAUAAGGUAACCGUGACAGAUAGAUACAACAACUACUAACCUUUUUUUUAUUUUAAUAAUUGCAACGAACAUCGAUAAAUAGUGCCAUAGAGUAGAAACUUCUUUUCAAUAUUUUGUUGUCUUUUCUUUUAAGAUUUACGUAUCCCUUAUUUUACACUUUGUUUUCGAUAGAAUCUUUGUAAUGAAGGUUUCAUAAUCGUCUUCCGAAUAUAAGUACUUGUUAUAUCAUCGAUAAAAUUUGGUGUUUCUACUUUCGUUGCUCUAAGUGCGCAUAGACAGUUUUAGUCUUUGGUAAUCGGAUCUUUCACUCUAUUGGAUAUGUGGAACGGAGACAGAAAAUUGUCAGCGCAUGUAGAGAUAUAUGUAUUUGUUAAAACACCUGUUACGAUCAAAAUACGAACGAUUAUUUUAGUAAUAUAAAGCCGUAAUUCUAAAUAAUACUAGUAACGUCUAAAUUAGUAUAGAUCACUAAUUCACCUUAACAUUCCAUUUAACAGAAACUAUUUUUAAUAAUUUUACUUUGUGUAAAAUUGUAUAGUUGUGCGUCAAGUUACUUGUGCAUUCUUGAUUGUAUGCAAGAAUGUACAAGUGAUAUUGUUCAUCUCAUCGAUAUAUUAUAAAUAUAAUAACUUGUAUAACUCAAAGUGUUCCAGUGUUUCAAACAUAGUUAAAGAUACAAUCGGUAGCUUUUCACAGAUCAUGUACAAUUAAAAUAAAACAACGAAACAAGACAUUUAAAUAAAUGGGGUAAAUCGACGAAAACUAAUUAAAAAAAAAACAUGGCAGUCACUUUCGUAAAACUGGUGCCUACGCCAAUUCUUAGGAUUAGUUGUCAAGCGGACCCCAGGUUCCCAUGAGCCGUGGGUAAAUGCCGAGAUAACGCGAGGAAGAUUAUUGAAUUCUCGGUCACCUAAUUCUAUGUAUACGAGUACGCUGUACACACUAACCCCCUUAUUCAUAAACGCCCUACACACCUCAAUUAGCUAAUAAUCGUUCGUCUUUAUUUGUCAUUUUGACUGAUGUAUUUGUAAGAAAGGGAUAAAACAUAAUUCAGCAAAAUCAGGUCCGUAAAGUUUUAUGAAUAUGGGGGUAAUACGUUCACAGUAAAAAAACUUAAUAGUUUUAAACAAAGUUCAUGGCGUUUUUUGAUUAGAUUGAUUAAUUGCAAAAAUGUACAUAUAAAAUAAGUCUGUCUUGUAUCGUUGUUCUAUCUUCAGCUUAUUUACUUGUUCAAAAUUUUGUUAAACUAGUUUAAACAUAUUUCUAUCCUUAUGUUGUAUUGUAUUAAUUGAGGAUAAUUGAAAUUCUAAACCUUAAAGAGUUUAAUAUCAAAGAACUUGUCAACAAAAUAUGUUUGUAAAAUAAAGCUAUUAAACAAGGUUUAAAUUUAUUUGAAAAAGGGGUAUUACAAUAGUUUUAGGAAAUGUAGAAUGUGUUUAAUAUCCCUAUAAUGUGAAACAUGUUAGUAAAAAAAGCUAUGGAUUUGUUUUCAUAAUUUAUAACACAGUUUUUUUUUUACUCAAAUGUAUUUAAAUUUGGCAUGUUCAUUUUUAGACUGAUGGCACAAUGGAGCGUUUUAUGCAUGUCGUACAUUCGAUGUCAACGUAAAACGGAUCUUAUAACAACGGGAUAUGGUGCAAAAAGUACACAUGCGUAACUUAAGAAUGUGGACUACAGACAUUCGAUUUGGAAAACCAGUUUGUCAAUAGAAAAGGGCGCGAAAUAUCAAAAUGUGUAUGGAAGUUAGACGAUUCGUCACUAUUACAUUCUUUAAACUAAGUAUACCUAGUUUACCUACUGACAAAAUUGGCUUGCCAGACUUUACAAACCUUGGAAUUUCUCGCAAGUAUAUUCGAUAUCAUAACGCGGAGAUCUCAUGAAAUAUACGUUCGCAAACGUCAAUUUUCUUUCACCAUUAAAAAAGCAAAAAACCGUUCAAUGCCAUGGUGAACAGACGUAGUGCAUAAUUGUUUUCCAUCGUAUUAUCUCGGAAACGUUCGUAUUUGUCAUGCUACUUCAGUCAACCUCAGUGCUUUUUGUACCGAGACUGCCUGAAAUAGCAAGACACGUUCGUACGUUACCGUGAAAAUACGAUGGAAAAAAAUUAUGCACUAAUAUCUAUACGUACUUUUUUAAUGGUUCGAUGUUUUAAAACUAACUAGUCACCAUAAAACGCUUCAGUGUGGCUCGUAGUAUGAUUUAAUGUAGGAAUAAUUUCCUAGCAAUACUCAUUGAUGAAAUUGUUUUAAUGUUUUCGUGCAUGGUAGUACAGGGUAAUUGUAUAUUUGCCCAAUUAUUGUUUUUGUCUCGUUGAAAGACCAAUAAUAACAGUGAAUUUUAUGUAGAUUUAUUUGAGCAUAAUAAAUUGAUUUCGGGACCACGGCUUUAAAAAAAAAGUUAUGUUGUAUAUCUUGAUGUUGACACUAUGUUUACUUUAAUGUGAGACCUUUUACUUGACUGUCAGUCUGAUACUCUUUUUUAAUUACAAUAAAUAAAACUGAUGCGCUGCCUAUCUUUCUUUGUAUGUAUUGUAGGUACUACUUCGGUUUUAGCUACUAAGCUCCUCAACUGAUUGUUGUCAAUUUGUAUGUUCGCAUACUAUUAGCCUAAAAGGGUCAAUAAACUUCAUUUUGAAUGAUUAUCAAAAUAUAAAAUAUAUCGCCCAUCCGAUACAUUCAAAAUUGGAAUGGAAUGAAUUACUAAUAAAAAAUACUUAGCACUUUCUACCUACAACAGAAAGCAUAGUUUAUUUUAAAUAUACUAGCUAGUGUGAUAUGUGUAUUCUUUUCGCACUUGCAAAAUAUUUAUCAACCAUUAUUUAAUUAUGGGCUUAGCGGUUCAGUUUGGUUUAAAGAUUUGUUCAGACAUUGAGUUGACGACUGGUCAAGCUAGGUCGGUGGCAGAUCGAACUUUAAAGGGGCCCACUGAUUAACAGUCUGCCGGACGGUAUCGGCCUGUCAGUUGUUCAGAACUGUCAAAAUUUUGUUCUAACUGACAGGCCGAUACCAUCCGGCGCACCGUUAAUCAGUGGGCCACUUAAUAUAUGACUUGAAAGUAUCGUCCGCGGCCGGCCUUAAAAGGUUAAGUUUAGUAUUAUCUCGCGUCUUUGAAAUCGGAUAGAAUCAGUAAAACUGACACUGUUAUCAAUAUUCGAAAUGUGAUCUUAGUGUAGAGAUAUUGUCAGUUUUACUGAUGUCAGUAUUGUAUUAAUCUUGUGUAGAGUACUGCGAAUUAUCUUGGCGUAAAAUGAAUGUGAUUUGUAUAAUAAGGUUUCUUAUAGGAAGCGACGAGUUAUUUUUCUCUAGACUAAUCGGUGUAUGAAUUGAUAUGGAAAUGAAAUAAAGUCAUGAAUUAAC